UCAAAACUAGAAUAACGACAACCUUAUAGGUCCCUAUUCAGGCUAACUAAACAAAAACGAACAAACUCAGAGAACGCCAAUAAUAACAUUGCAGUAUGAAUGUUGAGAACGUCGCUUCACCUUCCGGUUGCUCUACGACGGUCACCGUCUUUUCUCUCUUUGGAAUUAUAUGUACUUUAUUGAAAGCGAAAUCGUUUAUUCGGUUCCUUUAUAACAACUACUUUGCUAAAGGAACAAAGCUUACUGUUUACGGUGCCAAACAAGGUGCUUGGGCAAUCGUUACUGGUGCUACCGAUGGCAUUGGAAAAGAAUAUGCCACGCAACUAGCUACUGCCGGAUUCAAUGUUGUUUUAAUUAGCCGUACUCAAGAAAAAUUGGAUGCCUUGGCUCACGAACUCGAAACGGUUGCUAAAAUCCAAACUCGUACCAUCGCUUUGGACUAUACCAAAGCAGAUAAGACUUCGUUUGAAACCAUUGCUGAACAACUGAAGAAACUUCCUAUCACGGUUUUGAUUAACAAUGUUGGCCAAUCCCACGUUAUGCCAACCAGCUUUGAAGAAACUGCUGAGAUGGAGAUGGACAAUAUUAUGCAUAUUAAUUGCUUCGGAACCCUUCAUACCACGAAAGCUAUCCUCCCUAUCAUGAUGGAGCAACGCCGUAAAGACAAGAAGGGCCCCCGUUGUCUAAUUUUGACCAUGGGCUCAUUUGCCGGUCUUGUUCCCUCCCCUUACCUGAGUACAUAUGCUGGCUCUAAGGCUUUCUUAUCUAACUGGUCUGCAUCAAUGGCUGAGGAAGUGAAACCUGAAGGUAUUGAUGUCUGGUGCUACAACUCUUAUCUUGUUGUUUCCGCCAUGUCAAAGAUCCGCCGCCCCAAUAUGACUACUCCUACUCCCAAGGCAUUUGUCCGUGAAGCUUUAAGCAGCAUCAACGUUCAACGCGGUGGAAGCGCUCCUUACAUUAGCCAGCCUUAUCCUGCUCAUGCUAUUAUGAGCUGGUCCUUGGAGGAAUUCCUUGGAAGUGUCAAAUACUUUGUAGUAAGCCAGGUUGCCGCAAUGCAUCUUGACAUUCGCAAGCGUGCAUUAAGAAAGCAAGCUCGAAUUCAACAAUCUGUCUCUGCUCAGACUAGUGCUUAAUUAAUCGCGAGGUCUUAAGAUGCUUUUCAAAACUUACUAGACUUUCCCGAUUAUACUAACAGUACAUGCUAAAUAUGCAAUAUUAGUCAUCGAAUACUCUACAGAAUACAAUAUAAUCUACUAAUAAAAGGUUUAUAGACUGAAACUACCGAGUCGAAUUUCUAUAUGCACAAAAAAUAAUAGCUCAUUUUUUAACAAGGCGCUUUGCUUUGACCAAACAAGUCGCUUAUGUAUUAAGAGUCUACUCAAGUUCGGAAAUGUUACCACGUUCAGAAACGUAGAUACCGUCCAAAAACUUACGAAUAUCCUUGUUGCGGACAUUGCAAAUUUGCUUGAUGUUGGCGGCAGAUUGAGAAACGUUUUCCAAAGAGUUGCCCUCGAUGAUCAAUUCAUCCUUGACGUUGGCAGACAUGGAAACGGUAACACCAGGCAAGCACUUGAUGACACGAGUAAUACGUUCACCCAAGAAGUUACGGAUCUCAACAACGGUACCGUUUUCGGACAAAUUGAUGUUGAUGGGAAAGUGUGCGUAAACAAGACGCAUCUUGUAACGGAAACCUUGAGUAACACCAACAAUCAUGUUGUUGAUGAUGGAACGAACGGUACGAAGGCAAGCAUUGUGCAAACGAGAACCGUGCCAGACAAUGAACUUAAUAGCGUUGCCUUGCUUCUUCAAUUCCAAGUCAACAUGGCGCAAGCUCUUGGAAAGAGAGCCACGGGGACCUUUGACGGUGACAUUACGGGCCUUAAUGUCAACAGUAACACCCUUGGGGAUUGGCAAAGUCUCGUCCUUGUAAAUAUCACGUCCCAUCCUGCAAAGUAGUGUUGGUGGUGUCGUUCCCUUUUUCCAGUAGAUAAUUUCCGUUUCGAGUUCCUGUGACUGUACUUCAUAAGUAGGGUAGGGUUAUUAUUUUUGGAUAGCUUAAUGCAUUGUGUAGAAAAAUCCUAUUAAUAUUAUGGAAUCAAAU